AUGCCGCUGCUGCCAGCGCCGCUGGACACUGCCUCUGCCCCUUCAUCUACGUCCCAGCAGGCUGCAACCCGCGCAGCAGCAGCCGUUCCGGCUGCAGAUGUGCGCGCAGUCUCGCACGUCUCCAACACCGCCCACUGGCAGCUGAACUCUCCAGAAAGUCACAGGCAUCGCAACGAUGGUCACGUGGAUCAGCGCGGUGCCGUCUUCGAGUACGCCUCCGAGGCGGUCACUACCCUCGAGCAGCAGUAUGGCGAUGCCCUACAGCGCCUCAACACAAUGCACCGCCUCUACGACCGACUAGACGCACACAACCGCACCCUCGCAUCCGAGUUGAAGCGGGUGCGGCAGGUGAGCGACGUCCUGCAGAACGGCGUUGCGUUUCAGUUGUACAACAGCGUGCGGCACGUGAAGCACGAGAUGAGGCUGCUGAAGCAGUACGUUGAACUUCUGAGCUCCAACUUUAGCAAUCAGCUGCAUGUGCUGCAGCAAGUUGUCGGUGAAGAGCUGCAGCACUUGCUUGGCCGGCACGACUCGUACACGUCACUGCUGCCGCACGGCGCGGAGGGGCGGCUCCAACCGACGGAAACGCGAGUAUCGAUCGGCGCAGCCAGCGGUCGGGCAUGCUCGCUGGAACGUAUCGCCAACGUGCCCUCCUCAGAGCUCGGCGGACACGUCACCGGGGCUGGUGGCGGCGUGGGCGCGGGCACGCAGUUCUACAGUCAAGAUUACUGGUGGAACGUCAUGUCACCGCAUCCGAUACGGCCGCCGUCCGGCGCACACACUCCGGCGGCACCGGCAGAAUUGGAGGCUGGCGGCUGGGCUGAUGUCGGAAGUGGCCGCGGUAGAGGUGCCACCGAGCACAAGCGAGCCCUUUCACCACCAGACCAGCUGCCUCUCAGCAUGGACGACAGCAGAGAGAACAAUCUCUCAACGCAAUCGUCAGGAGAGGCACUGGUGUCUCGCCACGCCUACCGGGAGGUGCAGGGGGCCCUUGCAGAUGCCCAGCGGCGCGUCGUCGAGCUGGAGCGGGCGUCCUCGAAUCAGCAAGCCGACUACGAGAAUCGCAUUGCGCAGCUGAAGGCCGCCCAUCGAGCCAAGGAGGCAACGCUGAAGGAGGAGCUUGCGCUGCAGCGUCGGCGAGCAGAACUGGCGCAGGAUGGUGAACCGCAGCAAGCCGCACUCUCGACAAGGCUGCCGGGCCAAGCAGCCGGUCUUACGUCGCCUGUGGAUGUCAAUCAGCUGGUGCAGCUGCUUCUUGAGCAUCGGUAUCAGCAGCCCACAGCGAAGCAACACCCCGAUGCCCCUCCGACGACGUCGAGUCCCACCUCGACGGUACAACCACCACGGCAAGCGAGCCACAAAGCCGUCCGACCACCUCUGCAAAGGUGUGGGGAUGCUGACGAAACGGCAGGACAGAAGGACAGCCGGCACGACAGCGCAGACACGUCCGCCAUCACCAACGACUCCGACAGCGACUUUCGCCGCCGCGCUGCACACCCGUGCGCCACUGAGUCUGCCUCCGCCUCGAACACAGACGACGGCAACGGUGAUGUGCGCCUCCCCUUUGAUCGCACAAAGCGGUGUGCGCUGCGGGCGAUCGCGAGCAAAGGCAGUGGCCGCCGCCGCACAGGCGCUGAUGGUGAUCUGCACAUGCCAGACCGCUACUCGCCGACCGCAGCAGCCCGCCGAGUCGAGCGCGCCCGUGAGGUGCUUGGCGGCGAGGAGCGUGACGGCGAGAGGCGGCAGGAGGGCCAGCGAGCUCAUAGCAGCACCAGCAGCGGCAACCGUCGCCAAAGAGAGAAGGUGGCGGCAACAGAGGCAGCCGGCGCAACCACCACCGCCACUGUGCGGCGCUCGCUCGCGUAUGAAAGGUUGAUGGAUCACUCACGUGCUGCCUCGAGAAGUUUAGAAGGGUACGCCCCCCAUAAUGGCCGCCCCGCAGCGCGAGCGCGACCUCGCACGGUCAGCAACACGGACGCUCCAAGUGUGCCGAGGCGCAGUUGCAGCCGCCGCUGGCAACGCAACGGUGGUGCUGCUCGAGACCCGCGACAUGUCGUGGGGGUCGGCCCCGAACUGCUGGAAUCGCUGCUGGCACAGGUAGACGCCGUCGACGUGCAAGGCGGCUCACGGUACGCGGUGACUGCGCCAAAGCGCGUGCGGCCUGUGCAAAGCCAGCUCGACCCCAAGGUCGAUCGGGUGGCGCAGGGGAUUUGGGCGGAGAAGCUGCUCAAGGAGCGCAGCUGCCUAUAG